CAGCCGGGCCCGUCGCAACAUCCGCGUUCCGCGUUAACCGAAUAGGCAAGUCAAAUCCGCAGGAUCGGAAUUGAACCGCAGGUCGGAGAAAGAAAGAACAAUAACAAAACCGCGACCAUCUCAGUCGGCCGGUAGUUUCCGGCAUUUGCGAAACCGAGAGUGUUUUGUUUAGUGCCCCCUCCCGGCGCCCAUUCACUUCGCAGCCGCCACUGAUACUCGUCCAGUUGCUCUCUGGUCGUACCGCAGAAGAGCGCUCAGGUGUACCGGCGAAGAGUGGACAUAGUUUACGUACAUUCUUUUUAGUGGGUGUGAUUGUACCGGGACACAGUUAGCAUGUGUUAAGCAUGAGUUUUGUGGUACCGGCGAAGGAAAUGGACUAUCAGCUGCCGCCACCCCCGAAUGCUACAGCAGCGCCUACGCCGCUGGGGCACCAAGUACCUGUCGGGGUGAUGCAGGGUACUCUGACGCACGUCCAGGCGCCGCAGCAGGACGAAUCGCAGAGAUGGACGCAAUACCAGCAACUUUGGAGACAACACGUCUAUAUGAACGGAAACAGUAAACCGCCCCAUCCACACAGUCAUGGCCACACAACGAUCAAAGAUUUAGCAGGAAGUAUAUUAGGAGACGACAAGAACAAAGACGAUGGAGAAUUAUGGAAUACUGUUGAGGCACAAACGGCUUUUCUCGGCCCAAACCUUUGGGAUAAGACUUAUGAAACGGACCUUAAGUACGUAGAUUUGGAUGAGUUCCUAUCAGAAAAUGGCGUCUCGAUGGACGGACUGGGUACCCACGGAUCACUAGGCCCCCUAAGUAGUUCUCAAUCAGUCCCCAAAAGGGAACGAUCGCCUAGUCCGAGCGAUUGUAUGAGCCCAGAUACUAUGAACCCACCUUCACCUGCCGACUCAAUUUUUUCUGAAGCUUUAUCUAUGGCUUCGAGUUGUCGAGACUACGAUCCUAGGAAGAGAGUAUUUUCAGAUGAGGAUCUGAAACCACAACCCCUUAUCAAAAAGUCGCGGAAACAGUUCGUACCCGAUGACCUCAAAGAUGACAAAUACUGGGCGAGACGGAGGAAGAACAACUUGGCUGCCAAGAGGUCGCGCGACGCCCGUCGGAUGAAAGAAAAUCAGAUCGCGCUUCGAGCAGGCUAUUUAGAAAAAGAGAAUGUGGGUCUGCGCCAAGAAUUAGAACGUAUGAAAAAAGAAAACCUGAUCUUAAAGAACAAAUUGUCAAAAUAUGAAGAUGUCUAAGUACCUGAGGGAGCUAGAAUUUUUCUCUGCGUUUCAUUAGAAAAAUAACCAUACGAUCACCAAACUCGAAAACUACUUAUUCAGUGAAAAAAGUGUUCCUUCAGGAGACAACCAAACAUUUGUAUAUAAAACAUACACAUUAUGUAGUCAUUAUGUAGUGUUAAGUUUAUUACUUGUAGUAAAAACUAUUAAUUUUUUGUGUUUAGAUAUUUGAUUACCGAAGUACUUGGCCCAAUCCUGAAUAUUUUCGUUAUUUACUAUUAUGUUCUCUAGUAAUUUGUCCCCGAAAUUGUUGGUUCCAAUAAGGAAGCUCAUUCUUAAUAAUUGAAAUAUCAAUAAAAACUGUUAUGCAUCAUAUUUUAGCAAUCCUUUAUAUUUGCUUACUCUUCUAUUUCUACUUAUUUUUAUUGUCUCGAUUAUAUAAAAACAAUCUCUUUUCAUAAACUUCCUGAUUUUUUGGAUUACCGCUAUUUAAUCCUGAUCCUGAUUUUGUGUACCUAAAAUGACUGAUUAUUGCUUUAAAAUGUAAAAACUAUUUUCUUCUUUUAUAGUAACCCAGUAACCAUAAUAUUUAUUUUUGUUUCAUCUUCAUUAUUAUUUAUAUUUUUUAGAAACUUAUUUCAUAAUUAUUCAUCUUCACUUCAUUUGCUAUGAUUUCUAUUCUUUUCUGAUUAUUCUUUUUUUAAUAAAUUUUCUUAUUUCGACGUUAAAUGCAUUCAGAUUAGAUAUUAUUAUUCAAGCGUAUUUUUGGAACCAACAAUUUAAUCUAAUUGCUAAAGAACGUAAUUCGCGUCAUACGUUCAGUUACCAUUUUCUUCUGCUAUUGCGCUAGAUACGUUUUUAUUUUUGUUUUAACUGGACCCUGGUCAUAAUACGUUCUAUAUUAGAAUCGACCUUUACAAAAUAAGACAGACGGCCAAGUACUUUUUGAUAUCUAACUAAAACCAAUUCAAAAAACAAGUUCUGCCUAUAAUUAUUUUUGGGUAGCGAAUCGUCUGUUAUACAAUGUAGACUAUUUUUUUGUUGAUUGUUUUUAUGUUUAUAUAGUCUAUUUUUGGUUGAAGUUAAUUUAGUGGUAACUUUAGGUAUUAUAGUAAAAUCGUAGUAUGCUCACAAAUUUGCAGUGAUAGGGACGUAGCACAAUUCAAGCUAACGUUGUUAGAUAAAUGAUUUAUAAUGUUGAACAUUAUAUAAAGUACGUACACGCUUUUGUAUAAAAUUGUAAUUCACGAAGACAUGACAAAUUUCAUCGUUUCUAAAUAUUGUUUUAAUUCGAUGUAUGUACUUUUUGCAAUGUUUAGAAUAAAUAAAAAGGCUUACGUUUAUUGUUAGUAUACAAGAUGAGUUAAAAAUGCUCAAUUUAAUGUCAGAACUCUCCCAAAAAUAGGGUCAAUUUAAUUUUUUACGACACCAAAAUAAAGGUCCACUUUUUACCACCAAUAAUAACAUGUAUUUUUAAAUAAAAACAGUGUUUUAAGAAUUUCUCUAAGAGGUUAAUUUUGUUAUAACAUUAACUUUAGAAAUUUUAUCUCCAGUAUCAUCUUCACCUCAUUUUGGCCUUAAUUAUAUUUUUAACAUAAGCAAACUAUUGCUUUUGUUAUUUUAAAACACUCCAAAAUUUAGGAUUACGAAUAAAAUUAGGUUAUUGUACAGCGUUGCCAGUUCUGUCAAUAAAAACGUACUAAAUUUUUUAUGAAAAGUACUAGAUUUACGCAAAACGUACUAAAUUUUCUAAUUUAAUAAAAAUAAUUAGAAAUAGGAAUUAAUAAAAUUUUACACCAUUUAAUAUAUAAAGUUACGUGCUUAACUCUUUAUUAUUAGUGUUCAUCGGUCAAUAAAUUCAUAAUACAGAUCUCCAUAAUAACUUUAUUCAAUCAAAUGAAAACAAAAAAAUAAAAUAAUGUAAAAAAACACGAUUUAAAUAAACGAUAAUACAAGGUGGCGCAAAAUAAAGUCCCCUAUUUGUUUUUUAUAUAAAAGUAAGAUUAAUUAAAAAACAGUCAUAUUAUAAAUAAAAAAUAUUUAUUUAAACUCUUAAAAUUUGUUUUGUUACACACUAAAAACAAUAUCGAUCAAAUGGCCACCCACAGCAUUAAUGCAAUAAUGAGCUCUUUUUAAAGCAUUUUUCAUUACUUUCUCCAACAUUUCAGGUGGUAUUCUGUCAAUUUCUUCGCGGAUGUUGUCUUUUAAUGCUUCUAGUUUUCGAGGAUUAUUUACAAAUACCCUAUCUUUGAGAUAACUCCAUAACCAAAAGUCUGGAACAGUUAAAUCGGGAGACCUUGGCGGAUAUGCAAUAUCGAUGUUUUUCGAGAUAAGAUGUCCAGGAAAAAUUCUGAUAAUCGACGAAUUAUUUUAAUAAAAAAAUUUUACGAUUUCGGCACGUUCUCGAGGCGUAUAUCGAUUGAUAAUGAAUUUCCCAAGUAUCUACUUUGCAACUGACAGAAAAACUCGAACAGAUAUCAACUACAAACGAAACCAUGACAACAUUCCAUAGGGUACUUGAUUUUGCGCCACUUUGUAUAUUAUUAAUAAAAUGGUCCUAAACGUCUAGAGUGUUUAAUUGAAAUUUUCCCUAUAUGUCUAGGCAAUCCCUAGUGGGAAUUUUGAGUUUAAUCAUCUGGCAUCACUAUAUGUUAAUUUGUGUCGUAGAACUGAAACAGAAGUUUCCAUGUGGUGCAAUUAUCAUUGCCCAUCAAAUCUUUACAGUGAAAUAUGUUAUCGCAUGUUUUCACCUCUAAUUUAUUUCUUAAUUUAGUUUUGAUAUUAUUUAGUUGAGAAAAGAUACGUUCAGCACAUACAGAUGAAUGUGGUAUACACAUUUAUUAACUUUUGUUAAAUUAGAGAACAUAGGAACGUUUAAUUUAUUUUUACAGUUAAUAAUAUGAGACCAAAAUUGUUCAAAACCAAGUACACUUAUGUUCUUUAAAUCCUCAAAUUCAGGUAAAAGUCGCCAUUGUGUAUUCAAUUCUUCAACAUCAACAUCAAUACUUGGAAAAUAGGAACAAAUUUUUACAAUACUAAGUACAUCACCUGAAAUAGCUUUUUCAGGGGUAAAAUUUGAGAGAAACUUUAAUAUAUGAUCAUUAAAGUCAAACCUCUGCCUAAUUUGAACACAGAGUUCCACAUAAAAACCUAGAGCAUUUGUUUUAAAAUUCCUGAUUUCACUUUAGUCAAUACUAUCAUAUUCAAACAUUUGUUCAACUUUUGCACCAAGUACAUUUCAUCUAUCUUUAAAAGAAUAGUUAGGAUUAGAUGGUGCUAUAGCUGCCAGAUUAUCUUAUGUAACGUAUGUAAUUUUUUAAAAUAAUUUUAUAGAGUUCACUAAUUUUUUGAUUAAGAUGAUGUAUUUUUAAGUAAACUCUUACAAUAGGUGUAGAAAACUUUUCUAAAAUAAUUUGAGUUGAUUACAGACCAUCAAGCAAAACUACACUUUGAAAACAUAAUUUUAAAGCAUCCCAAUAUAGCAGAACUCUAUCUACUGCUGCCUGUAACAGAAAACAGCUACUAUAAAUCUUAUAUUAUCAAUAUUGUAUUUGAUCUUACGUGUAAUGACAACCACCUUGUUUGGACUAGGUGCAACAUUUCGUAAGGUUUUAUAUUCGUAAACUUUUGAAAAUUGCAGUGGGCAAAGUAAUUGUAGAUACUUCUUAUAAAGUCUUCUAGGCCUCGAGGUAGUUUUGUACAUUCUGCUGAGGAACACAAUGCAAAUGAAUGGCAUAUACAUCCCAAAACAAAUAUGUUCGGGUUUAAACUUUUUAUUUUAUCUUUUACACCAUUUUUGUCCUCCAUCAUAACAUUAGCAUUGUCUGCUGCAAAGCCUACCAUAUUUUUUAUAGGUAUUUCGCAAACAGACUUAAAUAAAUUCUCACUUGUAGCUUAAAAAUCGAUCUCUAACUUUAAUACCAUUAUGGUAUCUUAUAAUAACAGCAAGAGAUCAUUUGGCAGAAAUAUCAGUUGUUUCGUCGAUUAAUAUUGAAAAUAAAUGGUUCUGGGUUUCCUGCUGAAUAAUAUCUAGAGCUUCCUUUGCUAAACAUUGUUUUGUUAUUUCAGUAGCCUUUGUUUUACUGCAUUUCAAAUUUUUUAUUACUUCACACUCUGGAAAAGUUGAAUUUAACAUAUUUGGCAUAUGGUCCAUUAAAAUUGCAGGUUAUGCUCAUGCAGGAACAUCAAUAAAAUAAGUUCAGCUUGUUUUGUCUUCUUAUUUAGAGUUUCAAAUUCAAAACCUGUAAUAUUUCCAAUUUUGGCGUACUAACAGACUUUUUGUAUUUUUUUUCAUGUAAUUUAGUUAGUUCAUGUCGUUUAAUGUUGCAAGUUAUAGUUUUGUUACAACACUUACAAAACACCAAGUUAGACCUCUCGUUACAGUCUUUUGUUAGCCAAGUAUAUUUACUUUCCCAAGAUUUUAUAAAUUGUUGUUUGUAUAUCUUCCUACGUUUAGUUAUUAUUGCAUGGACAUUUAUUUGAGUACCAGUACCAGUUGUGAUCGCAUCCUCAUCUUCGCUAUGGCUUGAUUCAGAAUCAAUUUCUUGUUUGUCCGUGUUCAUAGAUUCAUAUGAUGAUCGUGAUUUUUGUUCAAUAUCAUGCCCAGUUAAACUAGAUGUGGUUAAGUAUCUGUAAAAAUAUUAAUAAUCAAAUUGAGUUAUGUCGUUACUACACAAUUUUAUCUAUCCAUAUUUUGAUUUGUUAUUAUUUCUUUCUUCUUCCUUCUUUUCCGGUUUCGUACCAAAAAAAUCUAAAAUCGAUGUUUAUUGGUUGGUUCUUCCUUUCUUAGUUAAUAUGGCCAGUUGCCAUAAGGUAUUCAGCCAGUUUCGAUUGAAUAGAUAAGACCAUAAAUUACUGGUCUGUAUACAACUAUAAACAAAUAAUUAAAUUCAAUUCAUGUUCAGUGAUUUUCGUACAAAAACGUACUACAUUGUAUUUGGGCGUAUUAGCGUACUAGCAAGUUUGAAAAGGGAUUAGACUUAGUACGAACAUACUAGCACUGGCAACGCUGGUUAUUGAAUAAAUUUGUGAUACUUGAACCUUAUACAAGUCGGAUAUGAAAUAAAAGUAUUUUUCGUAAAGAAUUCGUUCAUUUUUGUUUCACAGUGUUUACUAUUUAAAUAAUAUUUUACGAUACUGGCACUGAUUUUUCUUCAUAAGUUAUUCAUUUAACUUUUUUUAAUAAUUUUUAAAGUUAGGUGGUCUAAUUUUUUUAAUUUUCAUGUGUUUAGUCUAUAUGUGGUAAAAAGAACACCAUCACUCAUCUUGUAUAAUUAAUGAUAAUUUCACUGUUGUUUUUUUUUUACUACAGAAUUAUUUGAAUGUUAGGUGCGUACUUAAAACGUGACUAGACUAAUUUUUUUAUUUAUUAGAACGAUAUUGCAUACAAAGGCCUAUUUUUCGGUUAAGUGUUUAGUAAAUAAGUGAUUAGAGAAUUUUCUUUCGAAACUUUGCAUGUUUUAUGUUUUAUUUUGUAGUGAAUGACUUAUUUAAUUUUAAUUCACGUUUGGUGUUACAUAAAUGCUACUGCGAAUAUUUUCUUGCGAAAAGUCUGAUCAAUUUUUCUGGCGUAGAUAAAUUUUUAUAUUCUAUAAGACUACUUCUUUACCUCAGCCAGAAUAUUUAAAAAAAUGUAUUAAAAAAAAUAUAAAUAUAUUUUUUUGUAAAAAUAAAUCAACGAUUUAAUAAACGAAAUGUUCGCGGUAGAUUUUUUAAAAAAACGCAAACGUAUAAGAAACAUUAGGAAUAUUGAGGUUGAUAUUUCGAAUACAAAGAUGGUUGUCAGUGAUUUCACACAGUGAUAUAAAUGUUAAAAAUAUACGAUGUUACCAUAAUUAUAAUAUUAUUCAAUUUUUAAGUAUAAAAACAACAUAAAACAUCUGCAAAAACUAUUGGGACAUGGUUCUUGAAUAUAGAACUGCCUUAAAGGCAUGCCUUACAAAUUUUGAAUUUCGAUCUUUUAUAUUUGUUGAAAAUAUUUGUAAAUGUAACUUGCAAUGGUGUUUUAUUCUACGAGAGUCAGCUGAAUCCUCUUUAUUAUUACAAAUUUUAAAAAUCUACCUACAGAACAAUGUUAUUUAGUUAUUUCUUACGGAAUAUUAUAUAUUUUUUUCACAAAAACAAUGUUUCCUUUAGUUGACAUCCGAUGUUAAUUUGUGAAAGAGGACUAGCAGACUCUGAGCUGAAUUAUUUUUCAGUGGUAAAAAUGUUUAUAUGUAUUUACAAAAUGUUACUGUUAAAUAAUAUACAUUAUAUUAUAUUUAUGAACAUAAUUUUACAUUACAAAUGUACAUGUUAAGGCCUCAAUGUUAACCAUUUUGAAGAAUAUUCUGAAUUUUAUAGAAAUGCGCAGCUUCUUUUUGCGUGACACACAAAUUGUGCAUUUGUAGUAGCGUCAAUCCCUGUGUAGAUAAUAUAAAGAAAAUAAUAAAUUUAAAAACUGUAAUUGCUAUUGUGAGCAUUAAAUGAUAAAAAAUUG